CGUUAACAGCUGUCGUUUGUAGGACGAAAUCAAACAGAGCUAGCAUUACUUUCAAAUAUUACCGAGCUGAAUAUUGUUUUGUUUACAAUAAUCCUAUUUGACUAUGCUGCAAUUAAAAAAUAGAGAUUGCCUGGACGUAAAAAACUGCACGGUCAUAAUACCCAGUAUAUGUGUAGGAAAUGCCGCUCAACUGGCGUGUGACUUGUUGAUUGCGUCCAAGAAGAUGAAACGAGUGGGAAGCCUCAUGCAUCCAGCGUUGAUUCCAGUCUUUGGCCCUUCAGCUUACCAACAUGAGCCGGACGAAAGAGUAGCUGCCUGCGAAAUAUAUGAAUGUGCCAACAAUAAAUUGAUUGUCAUACAAUUUCGAACACCACUGAUAUCCCGUCAUGCACAGAGUUUGCAUAAUUAUUUAGCUGAGUUAGUGCAGCAGGCCCAAAGGGUAGUAAUACUUGGUGCUAGUUUUGGAUUUGAGAAACGGGAAAUUGGAACAUCUCCAUAUGAGUACUGUGUUUCUGAUGCAUUCCGCAAAAGUCAUGAAGCCCAGUUGGCGAAUGUACAGUGGAUGGAAUUUAAAGGAGAGAUUAUUUUUGGUGGUGGUAAUGGACUGCAGUUGUUCCGCUUAUUGCAAGAAAAGCAAGUACCUGUAAUGUUACUAUUUCGUUAUGUAUUGGAAGGCGAUAAUUCGACAGAUGCCACUCUAAUUGUACGAGAGUUGAAUGAUUUGUGUUCGACCUUUUUGCAAUUAGAAACAGGGGACAACGCUAUAAAGUUGACGGUUCCUGUGUCUUGGAAGUUACUUUUUGGAAAUGAAGUGACUGCUUUUAUUUUCUAGUUUAAGAUUUUUUAUGCAAUAAAAAUGGUUUGGUUUAAA